AUGGACGAUACAGUUUUGAAAACAGUCACUAUUCAGCCGAAAACGGUUUAUGGAAUUCGAUCGGAGAUUCGUGGUAAUAUACAUUUUACAUUAAAACGAGAAAUUAUAUAUCCAGUAGAGAGCGUAUUGGCUUUUCAUGAUUUUGUAACAAAUAAACAAAAGUUUCUUAGAUUACCAGAAAAUACAAAACCGCUAAUUAUUAGCAUUAGUCCUGAUAGACGAAUGUUGGCAAUUUUGGAAAGUUUUGUGGAAUUUAAAUGCGAUGAGAAUUAUAACAUUUCAGUAUAUGACUUAAUUACAAUGAAAAAACGUCGAAGUUUUAUUCCACCGAAAUCACUAACUUACAAACAAUCAUAUGAAAUAGCACAAAUGAUAUUUACUCAAGAUUCACGUUCAAUUAUAAUAUUAACAAAACCACCAGAGGAAACCGUGAUUCUCUUUAUGUUUGACAAAAGUGGAACAAUUAUAAUGGGUAGAGCUACCGAGGUUAAUCAAAACGGGUUUUCAGACUGCAUUGCUUCCAAUCCCCAAGAUUCAGCUAUGUUUGCUCUUGGAGGAGAAAAUAUUUUUAAAUUGAUGUCAACAUCGGAAAAAGGUUUUAAUUGCACAACAACAAUCCGUAAAGAGGGUGUUCGUCUAACAUCAUUGGGCUGGUUAAGUUUAGAUACAUGUAUUGCAGGCACUUCAGAUUCCAGAAUUUUUAUUUAUGAAGGUAGCGAGUUAAAGCUUACAAUGAGUGCAAUCGACACAAAAAUAAUUGAUUUAGCAGCUGAACAAGAAGAGGAUACUGUCGAAAAACAAGCUCAAGAAGCGGUUGCCGAUGCUUUGGCAUUGGAAAGUGGACCAAAACGCAGUGCUGGCGACAGCUGGAAACGUGAUGAAAGUGUUGUGUGCUUGACUGUAUUUUCCAAAGGAAUUGCAUACGUAAUAUUUAACCAAGUAUUUGUAUUUGAGAAAGAAUCCCGUUUUAAAUUUAUUCGUAAAACAAUAUUAACGUUAAAAGUUGAUUUAUAUCCAGAAAAAUUGUACCAAAUUUGUAAUAUAUCUGUGAAUGCUCAACAGGACACUGUAAUUGUUACAGCUAAACACAAUCAAAUUUAUUAUGGUAAAUUAAUAGUUCCCGCCUCUUUACAAACCCAACUUUUAGACUUCAAACCUCUAGGCGAAUAUAUACAUAUUGAAGAAAUUAUUGAUGUCACAGUUUGUUCGUGGAGACCAAUUAUAAUAACAGCUUCAAAAGAUAAGACCGUACGUCUCUGGAACUAUGAAACUGAAAAAGUUGAAUUAGUUAGAAAAUUUCAAGUAGAAGUCACUGUUGUAGAAUUAAAUCCAAAUGGAUUUUUUGUUGCCAUAGGAUUUUUUGAUCAACUUCGAGUUAUGGAAAUAUUUUUGGACGAUUUCAGAAUAAUUAAAACAUACAAUUUCCCUCGAUGCAGAGACAUAAAAUAUUCAAAUUUCGGGCAUCUAAUGGCAGCCGCAUUUGAUACUAGUAUUGCAAUAGUUUCAGUAUAUAAUUUAGAAAUAUUAAAAACAUUAAAGGGACAUAAUGGAGAUGUUUUAAGUCUAUCAUGGUCUCGAAAUGAUAAGUAUCUCAUAUCUGGUGGAAAAGAAGGAGCAAUAUAUCAAUGGGAUGUUGAAACUGGAACUCGGGUGCAUGAAUUUGUUCAAAAAGGAAUAGAGUUUCGAGGAGUUGCAGUUACAAAUUCUGAACCAUUAUCUAUAUAUGCAAUAACAAGUCUCGGCACAUUAAGAGAAGUUCAAAAUUCAUUGAUGAUUCGUGAAAUUCCAACACCGUCUAAUAAUGUGCCACUAUUAAGUUUAUCGUUAGCAAAAUCAGAUUUAAUAUUAUUUUUAUCUAAUGAAAGAGGUCACUUAUACAAUUGCCAGUUGCCAUUUAUGGAUGCUGGUGGUGGCUCUUGCACAAACUACAGAUUUUUUAAUAGUUCUGUUACAAAAUGUUGCAUAUCUUAUGACGGUACGCUUUUAAUAACAGCAUCAGCCAAAGGAACCUUAGCAAUAUGGGUUAUGAAAAAUAUCGAAGGUCGCGUGGCUUCAAUUGAUCCUGACUUGUUAAAAGGUCAAGAGAUUCUUAUAUCACGUACUGUAAUACAGGAUAAAAUUGAUACCAUAGCUAAUUUGGAAUUACGUUUAAAGCAACAAGUUGAGGAGUACGAAUACAAACGAAUACAAACUGAGGCAAUGGAUGAACAGGAAAUAGCCGCUAUACACAAGCAUUAUAGUGAAGCUAUUGAAGAAUUAAAGAAUAAAAACAAUAAAAUGGAGUUGGAUCAUGUUGAAGACUUAAAUCAAAUCACAUGUAAAAUAGAUAAUUUAAAAGAAGAACAUCAUAAGGAAAUGCAAGAAUUAGCUGAUCAAUAUUCAGAAAGAAUGUUAAAUGAAUUUCACAAGUUUAAUCACCUUAGAGAGAAUAUGCUACAAAUGCGUGAUAAAUAUGAAGAAAAACUUAAAGGUUCAGCUUUGUGCCUGCAAGAUACCGUUGAAGCACUUGAGACAGAUUUCAAAAAAGAGCUUCAUGAACGGCAAGAAAUAAUAAGACAGCUAAUGCAAGAAAUGGAAGAUAAAAAAAAUGAAUUUGUUGAAUAUUGUCGCCAAGUUGAAGCAGAUAAUGAUAGAAAUAUGGUUGAAUCAAAACUAGCUUAUGAAAAAAAGUUGAAAGACGAACAAGAUACAACGUUUAAAUGGCGUGAUGAAGCUGGAAUAUUAAAGAAAAAGUAUGAUUCUCUCAAUGAAGAAGCAAACGAUUUACGUGAAGAAGUUGAUACUCUCAAAGAAGAGCAUAGACGAGAUAAACGUGAAAUCGAACGUCAAAUUAGAGUUACUCAAGAUUUGCAUCGUGAGUUAGAAGAACGAGAUUUUAUUAUAUCUGAAAAAGAAAAGCGUAUUCAAGAUUUAAUGCGAAAGAACCAAGAACUCGAAAAAUAUAAGCAAAUCUUAAACCACAAAAUAUCUGAAUUAAGAGAACAGAUAGAGCCUAGAGAGCAGCAUAUUAAGGAAAAACGAAAUCAUAUAAUUGAAUUGGAAAAAGAACUUGAAGAUUUACACGAGUCAAAUUUAAAAUCUGAUUUACGAAUAAAAGAACUGAAAGAUAAGUAUUUAUCAUCUGUUAACGAGUUAAAAUUAGAAAAGCAAAGAGCAAAAGUAGCACGAAAUUAUGCCACAAAAAUAUGUACGGAUAUAUAUUAUGUAGCGGGGAAUUUGAACAAACCGGAUUUAUUAAAAGAAGGAAUUACAAAUUUGUUUAAAAAGUAUUGCGACGAUCAAGAGUUAAAAAAGGAUACAAUUAUGGAAGAGUCUGUUCAAAAUGAAUUUGAAAGCCAAAGAAGUUAUUUAGAACGUAUAGCCGCCUCAUACAAAAAACAGGACGAUGCUAAAGAUUCCUCUGGAAAAUUGAAUAAAUUAAUUAAAGAAAAUGUUCAAUUAAUAGAAGAGUUAAAUUCAAUGAGAUCUAAAUUAAAAGAAGCUUCCCAGAAAAUAUCUAGUAUGGAAGGGUUAAUAAACGUCGGUUUUAAAUUAUCCCCAGCUCAAAUUAAGCAAAAAAUAGAAAAAAGUCUAACAGAUAUUGAAAAAAUAGAGGAAAAACAUAAAAGAGAUACUGAUGAGCUACGAUUAACUCUUUCUGAAUUAGUAAAGGAAAAUCAAAAACUCAGAGAUCAGAUUUCUGAUUUAAGAGGUGUUAUGUCACAAUCGCAUUCAGUUGAAGUUGAAUUGUUUUUGAAAGUGAAACAUUCAGUCGAUAAUUUGGGAAAAAAUACAAAAAUCCAAUUA